AUGAGAAAGAUAUGGAGAGAGCAAACUGAAAGAUAUAGGGAUCGUGUGAGGCAAAAAACUAUUGUUAAUUAUCCAGAGCCACCGCCGCCUUCGGACCAUGAAGAUCCACACUUCGAUCCUCAAAUAUUGGACAAUAGAGCUUCAGGUGCCGAAAGACCCCCAGAAAAACAGAGGAAACGGAUAAAUGAGCUUAUCAAAAAACAAAAAAACGAAAUUGAUCGAUUAAAAAACAAGGCGAAGAGAUUUCAAAGGAAACUAGAUCACGUAAGAAGUCUAAAAAUGUCACCAAAGUCGAAAGUGGACCGAUUACUAAAAAAAAAACAAAACCAAGUAAUCAGGAGAACGUGGAAGAAGUUAAAAAGCAUCUGUCCUUCAGUAAGGUAG